ACGUGACGUGGUGAAGCGGAAGUGUUGGGCCGCUCCGUAACAAACUCAGGCUCCCGCGCAGGUUCACUCUCACAGCGGGGUGUUUCGAGCUUUCUAACCGGGGGCCUUUUUAUAUGAUUUUAAUCCAGAUUAAAGAGAGUUGACUGCUUUGAGUCUGUGUUUGGUUAGAGAAUAUCCUCCAUCAUGCCUGUACAUUUCUGCCCCGAAUGCGGCACCAAACUCCAGCCCGGGUUUAAGUUCUGUCCGUCGUGUGGAGAGAAGCUGCCCAGCCUGACAGAACCUCCCGAGUCCACACACACACUGCGCUUAGGAGCGCCUGAAGCGGUGUGUAAACUCAGCGCUCACGUGGGGUUAAUGAGCGUGGCCCCUGUCCAGACCCAUGACGUCACUCUGCCAGAUUCUCUGUGUGAUCUGUCGUCCUCUUCAUCUUCCUCUUCCUCAGCGCUAAAUCGCUCGCCCAUCAAAUCCACACGCAGAUCCUCCAUGAGGAGAACCUCCACCCUGUCCACGCCGCCUAAACCUGCAUCUAGCAAGGGCGAACGUUCUGAUCCGUCUCACACUGAGCUGAUGAGACUCGAUCAGAAACGCACUCAGACUUUAGAUCUGAGUCCUGUCGCGUCGCCUCGGAAACGGAAAACGUGUCCUGGAGCGGGAGUGGAGGAGGAGGAGCAAAAGAAAGUGAUGUCAUCGUGUCCUCAGACUCCGCCCUCAGGUAAAGGCAAGCGGACGAAGCGAGUGUGUGCCGUGGAGCCUUUGGAGGAAGGACUGGAGUGCUGUGACCAGUCAGGGAAGAAAUGGAGACUGGUGGAGCUGUUGAGUCAGACAGACGUUGAGCUAACGUACGAUGUGCAACAGGCCGGUGUACGGAGCUCAUCUCACGACUCACAGCACAUAAUGAGGCUGGGUGCCAAAGAAGGACAGCUGUUUAACGAACAGAACUUUCUCCAGCGAGCCGCCAAACCUGCUGCAGUGGAGAAGUGGAUAAAGAAGCUGGGUUUAGAUUUCCUUGGAAUUCCAUCUUGUGUUGGGUUUGGCGUUUAUGAAACAUACAGGUUUCUGAUCUUUCCUGCCAUGGGCUGCACCCUGCAGUCGGUCCUGGACACACGGACGGAGAGUCUCAAUGAGAGAGACGUCCUGCAGCUCGCUCUGAGAUUAUUGGAUGCUCUUGAGUUCAUCCAUGAGAACGAGUACUCUCACGCAGACCUCCACGCAGGAAACGUCUACAUCAGCAUGCAUGGAGCGUCGCAGGUGUUUCUGUCAGGUUUUGGUCACGCGUUCCGGUUCUGUCCCGGAGGGAGACAUGUGGAAUAUCGGGAAGGCGGCCGGACGCCUCAUCAGGGGAACCUUAACUUCAUCAGUGUAGAUUCACACAAAGGGGCCGGUCCGUCUCGGCGCAGUGAUCUGCAGUCUCUGGGGUUUUGUCUCCUCUUCUGGCUGAGCCGCUCGCUGCCCUGGAGUCCCGUCACUCAGCCAGGAUCAGCUGUGUGUGCUCAGAAGGAGAGGUACAUGGCUGAUAUUCCUGAGUUAAUGAGCUACUGUUUUAAAAAGAAAAAAGUUUCAUGUGCCUUACAGAGCUACCUGUGUCAUGUGAUGAACCUGCAGUACACAGAGAAGCCGAAUUACUCACUCCUGAAGCGCGAGCUCAGCGAGGCUCUACAGGAGCUCGGAGGAACCCUGGGAGAACCGCUGAGCUGCAGGUGAAGUCUGAGAGCGUGAGGGUGCGGACGCAGAGAGACCAGGUGCUCGAGGCGGCCUCGGGGGUUUUAUCACAACUCAUUCGCUUUUAGAGGAACCCGGAGCUGUGUUAUGCUGGUGUGUGUGUGUGUUAGUGUGUUUUACACCAUGGUGCCGGGACUGUUCUUCUGUUUUCAACUUGAAACUGUUGACAUUGUGUUUUUAUCUGGUACCUUCUUUUAAUAAUAGUUAUUAAUGUUUGUGAUUAUGGAUUUAACAAUAAAACAUUUCAUUACAA